ACUUGGAUAAAUCUUGGAAUCACGUGGAGCACAUCCGAUGGAUUGCGUCUCUUCAUUAAUGGAGUGGAUCUGCGCGCUAACACAGUGCGUCCAAAGACUCGUUACAAGCAAUACCAUGAUCCGGCCCAUUUGUUAAUAGGUCGCCUUGACACAGACGAUUCCAGUAACUGGUUGACCCCUGCUGAGGCUGAAUUAGCUAGCACCGGUCCCUCCGCCUCAGGAAUACCUGUUUUCUGGGAGAUGGCUCACUUUGCCUUCUCGGAGAUAACCUACAUUAAUCGUCACAUAACCUCCCGCGAGUACGCCCAAUUCUUCGACUUUCUUGGCAAUGCACUAAUUGAGAAGAAUAGUAAGAGAGUGUGGUUUGGCCUGAAUAUUAUGGAUCCACGCGUACCAGAUCUUUUAUUGGCAAGUCGUCUAGGUGGCGAACUAGCGUCUCAACUUGGUGCCCAUGCACUUUACAAAGCAAGCACCUUUGAAGUGGAGUAUAAAGAGGAUUGGAGAGCGGUAAUUUUGGGCCAAUUUACUAUCCUGCGCCUUGGUCCUCUUGAUCCCAGCGAAUGUCCGGGAAAUUUGAAACGAUGCCCUAAUGUAGGUAACAAUGUACUAGUAAACUAA